AUCCACCAAAACUAUCCCGAAAUGCCUCGCAAAGUCGCUGCUCCCGCUGACGCAUUUGCAGUUGAACCUCGUCGCUCUUCGCGCAUCAAGGAUCAGCCCAAGGCUGAGCCUGCUCCCAAGAAGGCCCCUGCAAAGCCUCGCCAGAAAAAGACCAAGGCCACCGCUGAGGAGGGCGAGGCCUCAAUCAACGGCGAGGAGAAGAAAGAAGAGGAGGAGAAGGAAGAAGAAAAGAAGGCAGAGGAAAAGCCCAAAUCGACCAAGGGCAAGAAGCGCACCGCUACUGAGCGCGAGGCCGAGGAGGCCACUGAGGUAGCGGCCAACGGUGCCGCCGAGCCCAAGGCCGAUGAGAACAAGCCAGAGACAGAGAAGCCGACUUCCAAGCGUGCCAAACCCGAGUCCAAGGCUGCGAAGCCCGCGUCUAAGGCGACCAAGCCGGCAUCCAAGGCCCCAAAGCCUGCGUCUACCGUUAAGCCGACGCCCAAGCCUGCCGGCUCCAAGCCACCCUCAAAGGCUGCCAAGCCUGCUUCCUCCGCGAAGCCCGCCUCAUCAGCGAAGAAGCCGGCGUCCAAGGUUGGCUCCAAGCCUGCGUCCAAGGCCGAUGGCACCGCCGUCGAGGCGGCUACUGCCAAGGCCGCACCUGAGGUAAUCGCAGAGGAGCCGGAUGCAGAGGCUGCGGCUGAAAAGGAGGAUAAGGACAUUGCUGCUAUCGAGGGCGCAUGAAAGCCGUAACGUCUACGAAAGCCGUCCGCUGUUUGGGUCUGGAAUUGCACACUCCGGUGCUACAUACUGUUCUCCCUGCUUCCACGCUAUCGCUCUUCCGAUGCCCCUUAUCAGCCAUCUCGCCUCCCUCUGCGCCUCCUCUUCCCGGACACCCAUAAUAUCCCGAUUGUUUUCGUGUGGCAAGGUUUCUUUCUCCGUUACUUUCCCCCUACAUUUCUCUAUGAUUGUACUUGUGUACUUAUCGUAUGUAUUUGCACGCUCUGCUAUCGUUGCUCCCGUCAGCCGCCGCUCUUGUUAUAGCUCUAGCAUCUUGUAGCAGUGUUGGCCCGCAUGUCGCUCUUCGAUAGCUGCAGCAUAAGAUCCCCCAUCCCUCGAAAGCUCGUUUAAAUCCGUUUGAUUGCGCACGACGGUACAUUUGCUUCCUAAUCCAAA